AUGCCCCGGCUCCUUGUUUUCACUCUUCCUCGUCUACUCGAUACCAUCUGCGAAUUGUUAGAGUCUCACUUAUUCCACAUAUCAAUCAUCACCUUUACAAUCGUCAUAGAAAUUCUCAUCGCCCUUCGAGACUCACAUAAAGCCAAAACAUCACCUUCUCCAAUACCAAAUCAAUUCUCAGAGCAACUAUCCUUUGUCAUCACGAACUUUGACAAAUAUCUCAUCAUCAACUUAGACGAAAAGAUGUCCGCCGAAUACGGUUUCUUCGUUUUUUGUUCCAUCACAGCCAUCAUAGGUCUCGUGGUUCCUUUCAUCUGGCAGAUUCGUCGUGAAAAUGUCGCUGCUGCUCUCCUCUGCUUCUGGCUUCAAACCGACCUUUUAUUUUGUCUUACGGAUGCCAUCAUCUGGCCGACAUGGAAAUCCGUCAUAACCGGCUGGCAAGGUCGCGGAUAUUGCGACUUUGUAAUCAAAUGGAAACUCGCCGCCGAGUUCGGUGCAAUUAACGCCGCCGUUAUGUGCAUCAUGCUCACAAUAUGCAGACUAUUCUGGGGUCUGUCGAUGUAUCGCGAAACGAAAAAGAUGAAACGGCAAAGAAUGAUGUACGAGUGGGGUCUUGUUGGGCUAUUCCCCAUCCUUCUCGCUGGGCUGCAUUAUGUAGUCCAACCAAGUCGGUACUAUCUCACACCUGUGUUUGGGUGUCAUCCACCGAUCGAUAAUUCAUGGCUUUCUUUGAUCAUCCUCGGGUGGCCCCUUCUACUCUCGACCGCCGCUCUUGGAUUCACAAUCGUCGCAUUCUACAAAAUCAACAAACAUUUGGCGGAACGCACAGUAAUCGACAUAUUCCGAUCCGAUUCUUCCCUUGACACCUCCUUCCAGCGUCUCUACCUCAUAGGUGCCUUAUUCACCCUGAUCUACUACCCUACAAACAUCUACGGCUUCGUUCAAUUCUGCCUCUCCCCAAUGCUACCUUACGAUUGGGACGCCGUUCACGCAGACUGGUGGGACACAAUCUACAAAUUUCCGGACAACCCACAUUUCCAGUACCAACGGUGGAUCAAAGUAGUGGCAAGCUGGAUUCUUGGAAUAGUCUUCGGCUUUGGCCCUGAAGCGGAGAAGAUUUACUGGGACAUUUGCUGUUUAUUCCACAUACAGCGGGAAGUACAACAGUGUGUUUGGGCGUACAAGCGUUUCAAACAGAAAGUCAAAUUCAUCUGGAUCCCGAAGAUCACACCAAAAUGGCUUGCAGACUGGCAGGAGAAACGAAGAAAGAGCCGCGAAAGCCGACAGCUUCAAGGAGGUCAACUUGCAUUAGGUGGACACGUUAGUAGACCCGUGAAGCGUGGCCUUAUUGCCACAUGGCUUAGAUGGUGUCGUGAUAAAAUGUUCGGCGGAAAAAAACGAGGGUCUAUUCGGCUCGAGAAUGAAAGUGAUCCUAGUUCCCAAGAUAAAUCUACAAAAUUUGGCGAUAUCAGCACCGGGGAAAUUACGGACGGAAUCAGCGAAAAAGCCCUUGCUCAACAAUAUCAGCAUCCAUUUAGAGUCCGUAUACGGAACCUAGCGAACUGCGUUGGAUACCCAAAGAUUUCCAUUAGCUGGAUGCGUAGCCCUAUCGCUCGCUAUAACAGAUCCCCUGGCCCGUCUAUGUACCGUAUCCCGACCUUACAACCUUGCGGCAACUUUUUUGAAACGUUCGACGCCACUAGCCUUGAAGGAAUAGCACAACAGGCCGCCCUCCAAGCUGCCGUUGAUGGCCGCCUCCAUAGAUACAGCACAUCAGAAAGUUCAACCAUUCUUGCCCCAGGUGCUGCAUGCUGUGGUUGUUGUGGUAGUAAACACAGAGUAGGAAGCACAGAUGGAGGUAGCAGUAAAGAUGUUCCUAUGGAGAGAACACAAUUAAAACCUUACGUUAUUGUACCGCCCGAUCGACCACUGGGGGAUGUUAUCAAAUAUGCAAAGGACAAGAAAAAAGCGGCGGAGGACGAAAUACUAAGAAAGCUAAGGGAAGACCCCCUCGGAGAAAAGGCAGAGGAGGAAGAAAGGUUAAGGAAAUUGAGAGAGGAUCCAUUAGGGGAGAAAGCAGAAGAAGAAGAAAGGCUACAGAAGGAGAGGGAAGAUCCGCCGAAGGAGGACUACAAACCCCCAGAGAUUCCCAAGAAAAAGAAAUGGUGGGAGUGGUGA